CGUGGAAUGGGCGGGGCGGGGCUCCAAAGCCGAGCAGCCUGGCAACUCUGGUGGCUCCUUGAGCCUGAGUAGUUUCCAGGAUGGCUUCUGCAUCAACAUCUAAGUAUAACUCACACUCCUCCUUGGAGAAUGAAUCCAUUAAGAUGGUAUCUCAAGAUGGAGUCAGUCAGGAUCUCAGUGAGAGUGUUCCUCAACUCCCAGGGGAAACACUAAUUACCGACAAAGAAGUUAUUUACAUAUGUCCUUUCAAUGGCCCCAUUAAGGGAAGAGUUUACAUCACAAAUUAUCGUCUUUAUUUAAGAAGUUUGGAAACGGAUUCUUCCCUAAUACUUGAUGUUCCUCUGGGUGUGAUAUCAAGAAUUGAAAAAAUGGGAGGCGCGACAAGUAGAGGAGAAAAUUCCUAUGGUCUAGAUAUUACUUGUAAAGAUUUGAGAAACCUGAGGUUCGCGUUGAAGCAGGAAGGCCACAGCAGAAGAGAUAUGUUUGAGAUCCUCACAAGAUAUGCCUUUCCUCUGGCACACAGUCUGCCAUUGUUUGCAUUUUUAAAUGAAGAGAAGUUUAACGUGGAUGGAUGGACUGUUUAUAAUCCAGUUGAAGAAUACCGAAGGCAGGGGCUGCCCAAUUACCAUUGGAGGAUAACUUUUAUUAAUAAGUGCUAUGAACUCUGUGACACAUACCCCGCUAUCUUGGUAGUUCCUUAUCAGACCUCAGAUGAUGACCUCAGGAGAGUUGCAAUUUUUAGAUCCCGGAAUCGGAUUCCUGUACUGUCGUGGAUUCAUCCAGAAAACAAGAUGGUCAUUAUGCGCUGCAGUCAGCCUCUGGUCGGUAUGAGUGGUAAAAGAAACAAAGAUGACGAAAAAUAUCUGGAUGUGAUCAGGGAAACUAACAGACAGGCUUCUAAGCUCACGAUUUAUGAUGCACGACCCAGUGUAAAUGCAGUGGCCAACAAGGCAACAGGAGGAGGAUAUGAAAGUGAUGAUGCAUAUCAUAACGCCGAACUAUCUUUCUUAGACAUUCAUAAUAUUCACGUUAUGCGUGAAUCUUUAAAAAAAGUGAAAGACAUUGUUUAUCCCAACAUUGAAGAAUCUCAUUGGUUGUCCAGUUUGGAGUCUACUCAUUGGUUAGAACAUAUCAAGCUUGUUCUGACAGGAGCCAUUCAAGUUGCAGACAAAGUUUCUUCAGGAAAGAGCUCAGUGCUUGUGCACUGCAGUGACGGAUGGGACAGGACUGCUCAGUUAACAUCCCUGGCCAUGCUGAUGCUGGACAGUUUCUACAGGACUAUUGAAGGCUUUGAAAUAUUGGUACAGAAAGAGUGGAUAAGUUUUGGACAUAAAUUUGCAUCUAGAAUAGGUCAUGGUGAUAAAAAUCAUGCUGAUGCUGACCGAUCUCCUAUUUUCCUCCAGUUUAUUGACUGUGUGUGGCAGAUGUCAAAACAAUUUCCCACAGCUUUUGAGUUCAAUGAACGCUUUUUGAUUACAAUCUUGGAUCAUCUGUAUAGCUGUCGAUUUGGUACUUUCUUAUUUAACUGUGAAUCGGCUCGAGAAAAACAGAAAGUUACAGAAAGAACAGUUUCUGUAUGGUCGCUAAUUAACAGCAAUAAAGACAAAUUCAAAAACCCCUUCUAUUCAAAAGAAAUCAAUCGGGUUUUAUAUCCAGUUGCCAGUAUGCGUCACUUGGAACUAUGGGUGAAUUACUACAUUCGAUGGAAUCCCAGAAUCAAGCAACAAGUGAUUCCUAAUACAGUCAAGGUGACAGGAAGAUCAAUCAUUGCAGUUACCUUAUUUGAAUACAGCCAAACCCAGUGGAGCAGCGUUACAUGGAGCUCUUGGCCUUACGUGAUGAUUAUAUCAAGAAACUUGAGGAAUUGCAGCUCGCCAACUCCGCCAAGCUUUCUGACCCCACUGCUUCACCUUCCAGUCCUUCACAGAUGAUGCCCCAUGUGCAGACUCACUUCUGAGGGGAUCACUGGCACUGCACUUGAGUUCUGGAUAAGUGAAAUAGUUGACUUUCAUUUUGAGCAUGUGUACAAAGUAGAUUUCAAAUAUCUGCCUCCAUUUAGAAGUUGAACUAAUAUCUUAGACUUUUGAGUAUGUGCCUUCUGUAAUACAUAUUAUAAGAACUCUAUGGUGUCUGUGUGGCAAUCAGAAGAAAUGAGUCGAGAGGGGGUUCUGGAAAAUCCUAUUUUUUACAAAGCACUUUUGCGAAGAUAAAAUUUAAAUUUAACUUACAUCUAUAUAAAUGCUACAUAUGCAGUAUAUAUUUUGUGGACUUAAUUGAAACAUUAUUUUAAAUCCAAGGGGGAACUGUGUUUGUAAAAUGGAUUUUCCUCCAGCUGCUUACAACAGUUGCUUUGGAUUAUCUAAAAUGAAUCCAAAUGGGAAAGAUGGGCAGUACUGCCAAAGCCAAAUUGCACUCCGCUUCCUCGGCAGAUUCGACGAGCAAGGCAUUGAAAUAAUUGCCAAUUUUUAUACCACCAUAAGUGGUAAUGUAAAAAAAAAGAUGAGUGUUUCAUCAUUUUGAAAUUUUGAAAAUAAAAGGUUCUCUCAUCAUUUUUUCAAGAGAAGCAUAUUUUUAUAUUUAAAAAGUGAUGUGGUUUGAUUUUUCUCCUUAAUUUUGCAAGCUCUGCUUUCUAAAUUCCCCCAGGAGCUUGUCUGACACUGAGUCAUACUCAGGUUGAGGCCAACUCCAUAUAUAGCACUGUGUGAGGAUGUCAGCUGCCUUCUGCUGCUUAGGUGAAUAUUUUCGCAAACAUGCCUCUAGUCAGUGCAGCUUAUCUGCCAAAGUGUUGGCUUUACCGUCUUGGAUGGAAGAGCUAUGGCUAGAGCGUCUUUUUUUUAUAAUGCCCCAGGUGUACAUUUUUUAGUGUAUUCUUGAAAGUAUUCUGUUUAUGUAUCUCCAUAUAAAUGGUGUUGGGUUUCUCUUCCAUGUGCAUGCAUAAAAACUGGUUCUGCACAUUAUUACUUGAAGUACUGGGCAGUUUGCUUUUUUCAGGUUUUUUUCAUUUUGUUUUGUAGUAUGAAGUGAAAUUUUAAUGGCACAGUUCUAUCCGAUAUUUGAACUAAUUCAUUUAGUAAAUAUAUUUAUAAAAGCUAAAGCUAAAGUGAAAGCAUUUAAUUAAUGUUCUACCGUGAUUUGUAAAGAUUAUUUAUAGUUAAAAUGGUUUUGUUUUGGCAAAUUAAGAGAGAUUAGAUUUAUCUUUGUAAAUUAUUUUAUGUCAUAACUUACCAGUCUACCAAAUAAGACAUCUCAAAUAUAGUAGUGUAAUGUAUGGAUUUUAUAAGUAUAAAUUUUUUUAUUAGAUAUUCUUUUGCUUUUUGUAAACGCUGUAAAUAUUUCAUAAAUUAAAAAAGUGUCACUUCAUAAAAAGAAAAAAUGCUAAUACUAAUAGCUCAAAGGACUUCGUGAAAUUUCAUGGAAACAUUUUCAUGACAAUGAAUAUUUAAGACCUGCUGUAAUAAAUAUAUUUAACUAAAACCUAA